AGAAAAUUUCCCCCAAAAAAAAAAAACCGGUAAGACAAGACAUCGCACCAUGUCCGUUAUUCUUAACUUUGGUCCUACAGAGCCUAUACAGAGUAGAAGAAGACUUAGAUGAAGAAGAAGAAGAAUAAAGAUCAGAGAUUUAGAUUAAAUCAUCAGAGCAUGCGAGACUUUAAGAAGCUUAUCAUCUAUACCAACAAUGGGUUUUAGUUUUUUGACUCGAUUCUCAAUCACGUGAUUCCAAGUUUGAAACUUUCCCUUCUCUUUAUCUCUCCGUCGUGUCUCUCGCUUGUUCUGAAACUCUCUCGUGACACUGACAGUGGUGGUUGGUCAAUGGCGGUUGAUGUGAAAUCUGUGCUUGAGUUUCUCCGGAGGAAUGGUUUAACGGAGGCGGAAUCUGCUCUGAGAGACGAUAUUAACGAGAAAAACAAACUCGCUUCUUUCGAUUUCGAGAAGUUUCUGUUCCCGAUUCCGCCACCGAUCAGAAAACGGACGUCUGUUGGAUCAUUAUCUGAUGGACAGUCUCAAUUUGGGACAGCUCGGACAUAUCCAGAGUGGAGCGAGUUUUACUUGCAUAAUGAGACUGAAGAUGAAGAUGAGUUUAUGUCUCCUGCAUUUAGAGAAUCUGAUUUCUUUAUUUUACCUGAAAAUGCUCAGGAUAAGUUCAUCACAGAUAACCAAUUCGAGAACAUGCUUGGUGUUUAUGAUAAAUCAUCAUCUCAAGGGUCUCAAACCGAAGCGAGUCUCGAUUACUUAGAUAAGCCGUUUCUUCUCGGCAAUGUGGAGGAUGAGGAUGAGGAUGAGGAUGACUCAAAAGAUUACAUUGGUCUUGAUGAUAAAACUGAUGAGCUUGAUCUCAAGACCGGUGAUCAGGUGAAUGUAACAGAUGAAGAGGUUGAUGUUGUUCAUGAGGUUGAAGAUGAAUAUGAAGUAUUUAAUCUUAGAAUCAUUCACUGGAAAAACAGGACGGGAUUCGAAGAGAACAAGGAUCUACCAAUUGUGAUAAACUCGGUGAUUGGAGGAAGAUACUACAUAACGGAAUACAUUGGUUCUGCUGCAUUUAGCAAGGUGGUCCAGGCACAUGAUCUACACAAUGGGGUCGAUGUUUGCCUCAAGAUUAUCAAGAACGAUAAAGAUUUCUUCGAUCAGAGUUUAGACGAGAUCAAGCUAUUGAAACAUGUCAAUAAGCAUGAUCCUGCUGAUGAACAUCACAUCCUGCGCCUCUACGAUUACUUCUACCAUCAGGAACAUUUGUUUAUUGUCUGUGAACUUCUCCGAGCAAACUUGUAUGAAUUCCAGAAAUUCAAUCAAGAAUCAGGAGGAGAACCAUACUUUAACUUAAGCAGACUUCAGGUUAUAACCCGUCAGUGUUUGGAUGCGCUUGUGUUCCUUCAUGGACUAGGAAUCAUACAUUGUGAUCUCAAACCUGAGAAUAUACUGAUAAAGAGUUACAAAAGAUGUGCGGUGAAAAUCAUCGAUCUUGGAAGUAGUUGUUUCCGCUCUGACAACUUGUGCUUGUAUGUACAAUCUCGUUCUUAUAGAGCUCCUGAAGUGAUUCUCGGGCUUCCAUAUGAUGAAAAGAUUGAUUUGUGGUCUCUUGGGUGUAUUUUAGCAGAGCUCUGCUCUGGUGAGGUUCUGUUUCCAAAUGAAGCAGUAGCGUUGAUAUUGGCUCGGAUUGUUGCAGUUUUAGGUCCUAUAGAAACAGAGAUGCUAGAGAAAGGUCAAGAGACACAUAAAUACUUCACUAAAGAGUAUGAUCUCUACCACUUAAACGAGGAGAGCAAUGAGAUUGAAUACAUAAUCACAGAAGAAUCAUGCUUGGAAGAACAAUUACAUGUUAGUGAUGAAUUGUUCUUAGAUUUUGUAAGGAGUCUACUUGAGAUCAAUCCAUUAAGACGUCCAACAGCUCUCGAGGCACUUAACCACCCUUGGCUCUCUUCUUCUUCUUACAAUUGAUUUUGCUUGUUCUUGUGUUGGUUGUUUAGUUUUGUCUUAUUCUUUGUUUCUCCAGUUUUUUGGGAUCUUGUUUGUGAUUUUUUUUCAAGUCACUGUAAUUUGGUAAUUGUGAGAUUAUGUGUAUAGAACGGUUUACAUUGAUUUCACAUUGUAAGUAAAAAGCUUGUGUGGUGCGGCAUAAUACAUAGUUUCUCAGUUA